CCGUGUCUGUGUGUCCUUCUGGUUCUCUCCUUUUAAUUAAGCUAAUAGGAACGUUUUAGGUCAUAGGUAAAAAUCAGGUUCACUCAGAUUGGUUUUCAUGGCUGUAAGUCUAAGAUAUUUUCCCAAUUUAUGAUUACCCCUUUCACAGGCCAACUGAGGGCCUCUGUAAUAUACAAUGUCCUCAGAUAUUCUGAAAUAUCUAAAAACAUGAUCAAACAUAGUUUCAGCAGUUUCAAAGGCUGAUGGUAGCUUAUUUAAUGGAAUGAAUCAAACCACUCAACAAAACCUGUCGAUUGUUGUCAUGAUGGUUGUCAUUCCUUGUGACUGUGGUAGGUCUGUCUAUGGCUAUAUGUGACCAAGGAUGGACAGAAACAGGUAAAGAAGCCAAUUUCCUGGCAGGUAGAGUCUUCAGAGUUUUACAUUUACCAUAUUCUCCCACCACUAUCAAGUGCUCAGUAAGUGUUGUGUACGUGUUUCUCUAGGGUGACCAGAGGUGAGAGUUGAAUAGGCCCAGGUAAUUAUUUGAUCCCUAAAUUCAACUGGGACAUAUUUCUUGUUUUGAGGACAUUGUGGGGGGCUAGGUGAAUAUUCUAGGGCUUGAUCUAUUCAUUGUCUACUUCCCACCUAACAGCGGCCACUAUGCACUCAGAGCCAUAAUGUUAGAAGGUGGAUCCUUUGUUUCUUUCUCAGUUUUGUUUUGAAACUUACGUGAUAUCCAUUUCAGUGUUGCAGGAACUGUCUAUAAAUAAUAGUAAAUUGAAAAUGGGAAACGAAUAAGGACCAUUGGGCUUGGUGGGGGUUCAGUUGUUUGGCACUAUGUAAAUAUUCAAGAUUUUUGUGGUCAAUCAGGACCAGGAAUAGAAACUUAGCACCCUCAAGCCAGUGUAAUUUGAUAGUGAAGUACUCUCUCUCCAAUACCAUAAUUCCAUUUAGCAGAAGUCAGCUUAUGAGAGUAAAAAGUGACCAGAUGUAGUUUAUUACAAUUACCUGAGAUUUGAGAAAGAAUGGUUCCUACUUCUACAUCAGAAGCUUCGACUUCAACAGAAAAUGGUUUUCUGGGUCAGGGUGAAGUAAAGGGAUGCCAAAUGUACACAUCUGUCAGUCUUUGAAAAGCAAGUUCAGCUUGAGGGAUCCAAACAAAAUUUUUGGGGCCUCCUUUAAGGAGUGAUGCAAGUGGGGCAGCUAAGGUACUAUCGUUUCUAAUGAAUCUUCUGUGGAAGUUGGCAAAUCCUAAAAAUUGCUGUUCUUUAAUGGUAGUGGGAACAGGCCAGUUUGUAACAGCUUUGACAGUCCUGUUAAAACUUUGUCUUUUCCGAAAUUCUGUAAAGCUGCUUUGUGACAAAAUCCGUUGUAAAAAGCAGUUUUCCACUCGUCAGCUUCCAUGGUAUGGAUAAGAUAAUAUGUGUUAAAUAGAGCUAGUUAAGUAAAGGUCUUGAUAUUGGUUGAUUAUUUCUGUUAUAUACCUCUCCCAAAUCAGCAGUUCUCACUAUCAGUGACAAAUCUGUUUAAUUUCCACUCCAGCAUGGAACAAGGCAGGGUUGUUGCAUUAUUUUGCACCAUCUCUGGUUACACUAUCAACUGGAGUAAGACCUUAUUUUUUCCCCUUACAGAGCACCUAAAUCCAGAAUUCAUUAAAAUAGUCUUGUAGUCUUCUUAGACAAACGUUGGCAGUAGAGCAGGUCAUACUGAUGAGCUCGGUGACUUUAAACAUGGCGCUGUCUUAGGAUGCCACGUCUGCCACAAGUCAGUUUGUGAAUUCUCUGUCCUGCUAGGUCUGCCCCAGUCAACUGUAAGUGCUCAGCAGGCUUACUGAGAGGCUUGUCCCAUAGCUCCCUGGGUUUCUAACAUGGGUAUUGCCAGUUUGAGCUGAUAAAAUAGUGAGUAUAGAAACAUGGUGAUGUACUUAAUGAAGUGGUUGGCUCCACCUUCCCGCACGGAUGUGAACAGUGAAGUCGGAGAAAUUGGAUCAGAGCAUAAAAGCAGUACUGAGCAAUAAGGCUUAUAAUCUGAAAGUAGCCUUAAAUACUGUACAGUCCUCUCUUCUGGCCCUCUUCAUUCACUUUUCUUUAGUGGUCCUGGAUUGUUCCUGUUGACCUUACUGUUCGUCGAGAUGGUGAACCCCAGAGAUGCACUUCAUUUCUUUGGUGCAGGUGUUGCAGGCUGCAGAAGAAACAGGAUGCGGGGGAUGUGCUAGUCUUGCUUCGUUCUUGAUAAGUGCAGGACCUCAGAGAGAAAUGCUUCAACUCCUGACUGGGUUCAUUCUGCAGCUGCUGUUUGGAACUUGUAGAUUAUGUCUUCUUCAGAGAGCUUCAGCUGACCUCAGAUCUGGCCCUCCUGGAGAAAACAUCACCCUGCACUGUGACAUCACCGCAGAUUAUGAGAUAUUGUGGUACCACCAGAGCUCAGAGGAGAUGAAGCUGAAGCUGUUGAUAAUUGCCAGAAAAAGCAAACUGGAUGGCUCUUUUUUCCUCAGCUAUAAUGUGAAUGGGAGUCACUAUGAUGGAACUAUAAACACCGGUUCAGUACAUUUAAUGAUUAUUGGUGUUGAUGAGUCUGAUUUGGGUCUCUAUUACUGUGGAGGUCGAAACAACACAAAGCCCAUUCAGUUUGGAAAAGCUGUCAGACUGACCUUUCCAGAUGGGUAUCUUCAGAGAAACGGCUCUUCAGUACAGUCAGAUUCUGAUCCUCCUCCAGAUCCUGUGCUCCACUGGAUCAUCAUUAUAGUCCUGACGUCUGUGUGUUUGGUCCAAAUGAGCGUCAUCUUCUUAUGUGCCUUCUGUCACCGAGUGAAAGGCGAGCGCUGCAGUGACCUGCCCUCCACUGAGAAGGAAGUCCUGCAGUCUGGUCCUCACCACACAGCAGUGACCACAGGAGCUUCUGAAGGAGCCACAGAAUCUGCUCUGGACAUCAUGACCCAAACAUACCCACAGUGCACCAGUGGACCUUUCACCACUGUGAUUUUUACAAACACAAAUAAAAAGAAUAAACUGAGAUUUGAAUGAAAUAUGACAAUAAAUCUGAAAAUAUGCA